CUCGAAUGGAUUUGUAGUAUUUUUAUUUAUUUUUAAAGUGGAAUAUCAAUUUAAAAUUUUCAGUUCUCUUUUCAAUUACGGAGUAAUAUUUUGAGGAGGGAGUUGGGGGAGAAUUCCACCGGAGCAUAUGCAAAAGCGGUGACAUUUCUUGUUCGGGUCAGUCUCUCUCCGGCCAUUGCAACUGUCAUUCCUCCGCCGCCACAGUCUCCCAUUAGCCUUCGCCGUAGGGUUUAUGGUUCAAGAGUGCUGCGCAAGGAAGGAGAAUAGAUCGGGUCAGUGCUAAUUUUGGGGUUUUCACCCCACUCCUGUUCCUACUCAAUUCACAAGGAAUUACGGAGUGAAAAAAGAAUUCUAAAUCUGCAUUUUGAGACUUUUCCUUCUGAGCUCUGCGGCUUCACUGCUGCAGUAGUCUAGCGGAGAAGCCGAGUGCCGAUUUGCGUGACGGUGACCUGUGACCAUCAUCAUCUGUUCAUCUGAGUCAUCUUCAACCUCCAGCUUUCAGGAUGAAUGAGAUGCUCAAAGACCAGACUUUUGCAAUCCAUUUGGUUGCUGGAGCAUGGGCCACUGCUUUCAGUAGUGCCCUUACUUGCCCUCUCGACACUCUUAAAGUUCUUGUGCAGGUAGGUUCAGAUCCCAGUAAGAAAUUGACAACUGCUCAGGUUCUUUACAGGGUGAAAACAUUAUCAGGCAUUUCAGGUUUGUACAGUGGUCUAGGGUGGUUGGCAGUGGGAAGAACAUUUGGUCUUGGGGCUCGUUUUGGCAUUUAUGAACUGCUGACCUCAUUCUACAAAGAUGGUCGAAAAAACAAUUAUUUGUCUGUCUCGGAGGCUUUAAUGGCAGGAAUGGUUUCUGGGGUGGCAGAGUCACUCAUAACUUCCCCCUUUGAGCUUAUCAAGCUUCGUGCUCAGGUCACUUCUGCAUUCCAAAUUCCACAAACAGAAUCAAACAUGAAAAUUAACCAGGUUUCUCCUUUAAUAGAGAGAUUACUGCAUGGAUAUUCGCCAAAUACAAAGGUUUUGAACAAUUCUGCUCGUCUUCUGGCUAUUUUGAGUAACAAUCAUCCCAAUUUAGUUAAUGACAUGAGACAAUAUCCAUGGAUGAUGACUGGGUGUGGGAGACCUCCAUCUGUUUAUCAUGUUAGACGACCAUCAGAGGUAAUCUCCCUUGAAGGAUGGGGUACUCUGUGGAAAGGGAUGAGGUCAGGAAUCGUUCGAGAUUCUAUUUUCAGUGGCAUAUUCUUUUCAAUCUGGCAACUCCUACAUGAAGCAAUGCUUACUUGGAAAGCUGUUGGGAUGACUCCCAUACCCAGGUAUGAUGAAGACGUUGGCCCAUUAUCUCCUUUCUCAGUUAGUCUUGCAGCUGGAUUUUCCGGAUCACUUGCUGCUGCUGCCUCCCAUUCAUUUGAUACUGCAAAGAGUCGUUCGCAAUGCAUUGUGGUGCCUAAGUAUUUAUCAAAGGAGAGGAAAUUUCUCAAAUGGGAACUUCCCGGGAAACGAUUUGAGAGAUGGACUGGAAUCCAUCCAUCAGAUAGAAGUUUAUUGUACAGGGGAAUUUCAUUGCGAAUGGCACGCAGCGGCUUUGCAUCAUUUCUGCUAGUAGGAAGUUAUUUUUUGGCUGUGGAUCAGCUCUCUCUGUUGAGUGAAGGAGUUUUGUAGCAUCGGAAUAGACAAAAGAUCCGUCAUGCUCUAAUUAACUACCAAGAUAAAACUGUAGAAGUUCAUCAGGGGCUCUCGGAGGGCAGCUUCGGAAGCUAGUUCUAACACAAGUCCAUUUACCAGACAACGGCGAAGCAGCUUGGGAAUUUGGUUGGCACCAUUUGAAUUCACUCUUUUGUGCAAAUAAACCAAUUGUGCAAGAUAUUUGAGGAUCAAACUCACUUGAAUAUACUGUAUGAUUUUAA